AUGCCCAGCCUCGGCCUGCCCAAGGCGUCGCCGCGCCUCAAUGACAUCCUCGUCCGCACCAACACGCUCCUCGACAACAUCACGGGCGCCGUGCCGACGACGUCGACCAUCUCGGCCUCCAACAUCAAGCGGCUGCCCCUCGGACGCGGCGGCGCCAGCCCGCCCUCGGUGCCGCGCAAGAAGCGCACCACCAUCUGCAUCGCCUGCGGCACCCGCUUCGCCACCGUCGCCGACCUGGACCGCCACUUUAACCUCAAGCCCGACCACAGCCCCUAUGCCGACUCGCGGCUCGGCACCAGCUCGCGCUCGACGCCCGCCUCGGAAGAGGUGCCGCCUGCACCCGCAACGGCGGCGGCGGCGGCGGCACCGGACCGAUCCGCCAUCGAUGACAAAAAGGGUGCUGCUGCCUGGCCCACGGAUGAGCCCGAGACUUCCGCUGCCCUUGCCAGCUCGAGCAGGCCGAGGACGCGGUCCAGGUCCGCCGCCGACGUCCUGACCUCGGUCAUGACUGCCGGCGCGCUCUCAGGUGCGCCAUCCUCGUCGUCCGGGCCUUCGGCCCAGGUCGCGUCCUCGUUCUCGGAUCUGCCGCAGCAGCCGCCUCGGACCGCCAGCACGCCUGCAGGCUGGCUGAGGGCUCGCGCAAGCUCGGCCGCCGCCGCCGACAGCCCCACCAAUGGAGGCUCGCAGCCAACGAGCCAAGGCUCAGGCGGGGCGACCAGCUCUUGGAGGAUUCCAAGGCCAACCCUGAGGGCCAAAAAGUCGGCUCCUCUGUCUCCACCUUCAACCGACGCGAGCGCCUCCCUUUCCGGAUCCUCGCAGACGGCAGGCCGUGCCUCGUCCCGGUGGGCCACGAUGCGAUCCUUGCCCGCUGGACGCUGGACGCAGUUCGACGACGGCAGCUCAGCGGAGACUUCGUCGGCCGCCUCAGCUUCCGGCCGCGCCGAGCGCGAGCUGCCUGCGCUGCCGCCUGCAGGCGCCCUGUGGCCUCAAAGCGAUGCCCAGCUCGCCGAGGCCUUUGCCCUGCCAGUGUCGCGUCGGACGCCGCGCGCCGCGAGCAUCCUAGCUGCCGACGAUGCGCCGCCGCCGCCGUACACUGCCGCUGCGUCGACGGCCAAUUCGACGGUCCGGACGGCCGGUCACCGCAGCGACCUGGCCGACAUGUUCACCGACCUCGACAUCUUUGUGCGGACAUCGGCCGCGCCGCCGUUGCCUUCGUCGUCAUCGACAAGGCGGGGCCGCGAUGGGCAGCUGGAACGGAUCGAGCCACUCGCUGCCUCCGAAAUGGCAAGCGUCGAUCCGUUCGACGACGACAACGCCAUCGACCGUACGUGGCUGCCGGCGGUCCAGGCCGGGGCCGCAGGCUCGACGUCGCCGCGUGGACGACCCUCUCCGCGACAGCCACGACAACGUGCUUCGACGAACCCCUUCAUGAGGAGCGAGGCCACCGCUUUGCCAGUCCUGCGACCUCCGCCGGUGGCACGCCGCGCUGCCAGCUCGCAAGAUUGGCCCGCCGUACUCGAGCCUGCAUCGCCGAGCGCGACGCGAUCCGGCGGUUCGUCCACCGGCAGCCCCGUGCCGAGGGAGCGAGCCAGCGACACCGCCUAUUUCCACCCCUUCUUUGGCGUCGAUGCCGGUGUGCAAGCACCGCGGACCGAGGCGGCGCCGAGCGGCACAGGGACGGCUUCGGACGACGAUCGCGACGACGAUGACGACGACGUCUACGCCGACCCGCUGCCCGACCUCGUGCCGUCUGGCGGCGCCGGUGAGACGGACGAUCGACACUGCCCCUCGACGCCUCGGAUGCCCGCGACGCCCGACGCUGGAUCCCGUCUGCAGCUCGGCGACGGCAAGAUGCCGGGUUCCUGGGAUGUCGAGGGGUCUCGAGGCAUCCCGCUUGGUCGGGCGGGCGUCGUCUGA